AUGGCCACUACUCCAAUCCUCGACCAAUUCCUCGGCAGCGUGGCUGAUCUGAUUCAGAAUCGUGAUGGUGCCAAACUGCAAGACUUCCUCCAGAUUGAGCCGCCCCUUUCAGAUAUCUAUCAGCAGAUGAUUACAGAGUUACGCCAGCGAUAUCCACCCGGCCCCCAGAGCGACACCGUGCUUCAGCAGCGCUGCGAAGUCUUGGUCCCCAAGACCAAGGGUGGUUCUUCAUGGUCGGCCUUCCCUACAUUUAUGCGACUUUACUUCACCUUCAUGCGUGAUGUGAACGUCGAAAAUCUACUUGAGACCUACAACCUACUGAAGACCCUCCUAAAUCAAUGUGUUCUCGCCCUCGGAGAUAGUCAAAUGGGAGUUGUUGUUCUCCCCACCGUCUUGUACCUAUCCAAGGUAUUGGCAAAGUUAGCCAUGGGAUUGGAUCGACGCCCCGAAUUGAUCGCCCACAUUCUUCGCAUGGAAGGUGGAAACGAUCAGGAGAGUAUUGAGAAAGUUACUCUGGUGGAAAAAUCGGCCAAUGUGGUGCGCGAAGCUUUCAUCAAAUGUUUGACCGACCGCAGCGGCACGCCAGGCCCACAGGCAAAGCCUGAGGGCAAGAGGAAGGGGAUAUAUCUGAUGGCAAACUUGUGCCUGAAGCUACUUUUCCAGUGCGGAAAACUGCGUAAUGCCGAGCAGAUGUUUUCUAGUAUCAGUGCCCAGUCUCCUCCACUGGCUCACUUUCCCGCUUCACAGCGCGUCACAUAUCUCUACUACCUCGGCCGUUAUCUUUUCUCCAACAAUUUAUUCUACCCCGCGCAAAUCGCCUUACAAUCCGCCUACGACCAAUGCCAUAGGGAAGCACUCAGCCAGCGAAACUUGAUUCUUACAUAUCUGGUCCCGUGCAACAUCAUCAUGGGACGGUUUCCAUCGCGACAACUUCUACAACGACCGGAAGCUCGGGGCCUGGCGGAAAACUUUGACCCAUUGUGCCGCUUGAUUAUUCGUGGAGACUAUUUAGCGUUCCGCGAGCAUUUUGCAGUCAACUCUCCGACCGCUCAGUGGUUCGCACGCAAAGGCCUCCUGCUCACACUGCGCAACAGAUGCGAAAUUCUCGUAUGGCGCUCCUUUUGCCGCAAGGCGCAGCGUGGCCCUCCACCGUUCCUAUAUCUUCAAAAAUUGCUUGACGCCACCCGCUGGCUGCAACAACAACAUAAUGCACACACCGUGAAUGCGAACAGCAACGGCAGUACCGGAGCAGAGUCUCACGAGUAUGGUUCCCAGACGAUUUCCCAUCCGACAGACCCUGAGUACUCCGGCCUUGCUGAUCCAGAUACUGUGACGGCCCCGGACACCGACCGUGAAAUCCUUGAAAAAUACGGCGAUUAUCUAGCAUCAGAUGGAUACUUUGAUGAGGGAGGCAAUUGGCAGGAUAACACGCCUGGGAAUUUGAUUGACGGAGACCCCGAGACAGACUACGAAGGAUGUGAAUUCGACCCGUAUGCCGAUUCAGGCUAUGGGGAUGAAGAAGAUCAAUCGUCAUUGCUCAUGCAGGAAAUUGAGUCUAUCCUUGCGUCAUUAUUGACCCAAGGCCUCAUACGUGGCUACCUUACCCACCGCAAUCCCCGAUUUGCUAUUCCCGGUGCUCGUAUUCGCGGUGCCCUCCCGACCGGAUUUCCCAACGUCUGGCAUACCAUAGCUACGCGCGAGAAGGAAGAUUCCCACGUUCCUGGAUGGGUUCGGAUCCGGGAGCCGACUGGAUUGGGUGCUGCUGCUGCACUGGGAGGAGGCGGUCGAGUGGUCAACUUGGCCGGGGCGCGGCCAGUGGGAGCUCAAUAA